AUGACCGAAUUCAAACGCACAACUCAAGCCGUUGAUGAGAUUGAAGCUCUGGUGCAAUCAUUGUUGGAUGGCACAAAUGGAGAUUUGCAGCAUUUGGGUGAGCUUAUCGGCAAGACAGGUGCAACUGUCGAGAAGCUGAGUCGAAAGGCUGCAGAGACCGACCCCACCCGUCAGACCUAUGGACCACAAAUGCGGGAGAAGGUGAAUUUGUUGGCGGAAAGAUGGGCGAGCGUAGGCGGCCUUGCCCGCGAUGUGCUGACGCAACGAGGUGGGCAUGUUGUGGCGCCAGUAGAAGGAGACACUGGCCCGCCACCACCGCCUCGACUAGUGCAGAGUGCCGUCCUGUGGCAACCACCGCAGGCCCCUGCGACAGCGGCUAGCACAGCUGCGCCCAUGGGAGCUGUGACUGCGCCAAGUCAACCCAGUGCUGCAGAGCGGCGUGAGCGUGCAGCGGCAGCUGCGGAGCGACGCUCGCAGCCAUCAACGGCAUCGCAGCCCGUGCAGCCAUCACAAAGCUCAGGCUCAGCAAGACAGCCUGUGCCGGUGGUUGCGAGGAUGGACUCUUUGAUGCACUUGGUGCAUUGUGUGUUCGUCGGUCACGGCUACCAGAAUGAGCACAAUGAGGACCGAAGCGGCCUUCACAAGUUGCGCUACAUUCAUGAAAGAAAGCAGGCAAUCCUGGCAGUUUAUGUGCCUCUACAGCAGCAUUUGGUUACCUACGUUACCAUUGAUGGCUCCAGCGACAGCCCAAUCAAGGCAACAGUCCAGGUAGGAAUGCCAGUCGCUGCUGUCCAAGCGAAGAUUGAUUACUUGCUGUUGUAUCCAUUGCUUUAUCGCCAAUGCUUGCCCACAUUGGAAUCGACUCCUCCUGAGGCACUCUUCGGUUCGCUUUGUGGAUUGUCGAUCCCGGCCUUGGCUUCCCUUGGCUGCACCUGUCGGAGCAUGUCCGCGUCAGUGCUCAACGAUGACUUGGUGUGGCUUCGAGUCGCCUUGUCUCUAGCGCCAUCUCGUGAACUACAAGCUGAACUUGCAGCAGUGAAGCGGCGUGAAGAGAAUGGUGAGGCUUUGCCACAAGGCAUCUACAAAGGCAUGGUGAGAACAGAGGCGCCCUACUCAUGUUCAGCAUUGAAUUCAUUUGAUACAUUCUUUCUUUCAAUGCACAUACACAUGACUUGUGCGCAAUUAAUUUCCGUCAUUUUCGAAAUAAUAUACUUUACUACAGCAUAG